UUCGGCUUGGUGGCCUUUUAUUUUGAAAACCUCCUACUGGAAGCUGUGUUUGUUCGUUUGCGCGCCCUUGACACCGUUGGCUGCUUGUUUUCGUUCACACAAACAUGGAUGUGAGUCAGAAGAUAAUCAAUCGAUGCUCUUUGUGUUCGUGCAUCAGGAGAUGUUUGGUCAGCCACUGAAGGAAACUUUCCCCGUGAACAUCCGGCGGCUUGUUGUUGUUGUUGUUGUUGUUGUUGUUGUUGUUGUUUUUCUUUACGGUUUUACGGUUAGCGAGCCUCCCUUUGUCUUCGUGUUGUUGUUUUUAUCGCGUCAGCAUGGACAUGUACGGAUACAGCGGCGUCUUCUUGGUGAAAAGAUUCCUGGACGAAGUCACCAACAUGUCCGACAUCAACAAGGCGAACCCGCACGGCUGCGAUAACGGAGCCCUGACGGACCGGUUCGGCGUCCUGAUCCAGGGACUGCUGGCCAUCGUCGCCUUCAGCACGCUGAUGUUGAAGAGGUUCAGAGAGCCCGUGGGGAUAAGACGGCCGUGGAGGAUCUGGUUCUUCGACACGUCCAAGCAGGCCAUCGGCGCUCUCUUCAUCCACUUUGCCAACGUCUUCCUGUCCACGCUCACCAAAGAGGACCCGUGCUCCCUGUACCUGAUGAACUUCCUGCUGGACGCCACGUUGGGGAUGCUGGUCAUCUGGCUGGCCGUGAAGCUCGUGUCCAAACUCGUGGAGUACAAGCAGUGGACGCUGCUCAUGUUUGGAGAAUACGGUGAUCCUCCUCCUCCUUCGGCAUGGCUUGGCCAGUGUGGCAUCUACCUGCUCAUCAUGGUGCUGGAGAAAGGCGUGAUCAGCCUGGUGCUGCUCGUCCCCGGAUGGUCCAAAUUGCAGGAGGUGUUGCUGGGCUACAUUGCCAACCCUCAGCUGGAGCUGGUGCUGGUCAUGCUCAUCGUGCCCUUCAUAGUGAACUCCAUCAUGUUCUGGGUGGUGGACAGCCUGAUGAUGAGGAAGUUCAAGACGCUGAAGAGCCUGGAGGACUCCUGCGACGACUCGGCGACGAAGGCCGACACGCCGCCCUGGACGAACAGCGAGGAAUCGCGGGUCCUGCUGACCGUCGAGAGCGACACCGACGAGGUUUCAGAGGGCGAAGAAGAGCCCGCCGACGUCGGCCCGAUCCCUCAUGUGCAGUAUUCUGGAGGACCGCUGAGACCCAGCUGGGUGGUGGUGUAAAAAAAAACAAAAAAAAAACAAACAAACAGGUGAUGUGACCUCCUACCUGUCCGUCCACUAUCCACACACACACACAAACAAACAAAAACACUCUUAAGAGCCAAAAUAUGAGCAAACACAAAGUUACCAUGCGUCCUUAUCUUUAUUAAAGGUCUAAAUAUCAGCUUCCUCGUAAGCAACGGCACAAUUAAAGGUCAUAUAACCUGUGACUGUGAACACUACAGCCUUAGCUGCCUUCCUCUGCACUGCAGGUGUGAAUAGCUGUUAAUCAGAAAAACAUUUUGGGGCUCACCUCGCUGCCUCCGAUCGCUGUGAGAAAACAUCAGAGUAACCACAACUGAGCGUGUGUGUGUGUGUGGGGAGAGAUUAUUAAGGAUCGCGGCGCCCGCAGGGCAAAGUGUGCGGGUGGUAAUGACAAAGACCGACAUAAAUCUGUCUUUUCUCCACACUGGGGGACUUUUUGGGAAUGAUGUGAGUCAUUUAUCAACGUGUCAUAUUCCAAAGAGGAGCAAGUGCUCUCAGAUUUUACCCCGUUAAAUAUAAUCAUUCCAAAUCCACCUUUUUUUUAUAUUUUAAUUACAGUCGUUCCUGCACGUCUUCUCCCUCCGGCUGCUUAUUUUAAGUCUGAAAGAUGGUUAAUGAUCUGCAGGCAUGACGGACCAAACAUGUAGCAGUUAUGUGGAAAAAUGUUUAUACAUAUAUGGGCAGGAAACAUGUUUCAUGUGGUUUGAAGGACCAGGUCAAACUAAGAUAUGUGUAUUUGUUGUGUACGAUGGAGUAUUGGAGUACGACUUGAGAUUUUAGACAAAGUUUCGAGCCUGCAGUGUCAGUACUGUGUGUUUGUGCUCGGCUCUCUUAAAGGAAUAGUUUGACAAAUUGAAACAUUUGCUCUUUUCUACGAGUCAGACGUGAAGAUCGAUGCGUUUAUAUAUGAAGCUACAUUUCAGGCAUUUGAUCAGCUUAGCAUAAAGACUGG